UACAAGGGUCCAAACUCCACAACAGAACUUGCAGGUGUUGUUUUAAUUGAGUGACUUCUAAACAGAAGCAUGGAGAACAAAGCAGCCGUUGUUACGGGUUCCACCAGUGAUAUAGGGUUAGGAAUAGCUCAUCAUCUGGCAGCAAAAGGAUGUCAUAUAGUUUUGACUGGGCUUCGAGUACAAGGAAUUAUCGAUAAUCUCGUAAAGGAAUUCAAAAAGCAAUAUGCAACAAUCAAAGUAAAUUAUGUACCAUGUGAUUUACUUAAACCUGAAGAGAUAUCAGAAUUUUGUAAAGCUGUGAAAAACUUAUAUCCUGACGGAAUUGAUAUUCUGGUUAAUAAUGCUGGUAUACAGUAUACUGCUCCUAUAGAAGAUUAUCCGUAAGAUAAAUGGGACAUGAUGAUAGGGAUAACGAUGACGGCACCAUUUCU